UGCCUGCUCACUCCUCUCUCAGACGGAUAUUAUCCACACGCUGCGCGGUCUGCAUCUGCCUCUUCCAGAUCGGCUGUUCUCUCUACCCAGAGCUGCUGUGAGAGAUGCGAGGUUGAUUUCGGUCCAGUAUCUGCGUUCUAGGCUGGAGCUUCGCUAGACUGCAGCGUUUGUUUUUUUCCUCACACUCUCCCUCUCGAGACCAGAGGACUGGGACUGGUGUGUUGUUGCGAUCUGUGCCGGCUGAUCUGUGUCUGGGGCUAGUUUUGUCUCAGCUCUGUUCCUGUCUCGGAUUUGGACGGUUGCCCGAGUGGGGCUCGAGUGUACUGUUCUGCAGGAUGAGUUCGGCGUGAGAGACUGUCAGUGUUCGUGUGAUUGGCUGUCACUGGCUUUAGUGACGAUACUUUUAGCUUUCAGUUUCUCCUAAAUGUAGCUCUUGAGUAGGUCUGUCACAUUUAACAUUGAUUGAUUAGACAUUGAAUUGGCAGUGAAUUUUUGCUUAUUUGCAAGAUAUUACAACUCUGGAUACGUUUAAUACUUUUUGUGAGGUGUUUUUUUAGACUUUUGGUGUAUCUUGUUCUUAAAGUUUAAUACUUAGCCAUUCUAUUUUACUACUUAAUUGAGUGUAAAACAAUUAACUCAAUUUACUAUUUAACAUCCUUCAAAAUGGGGUAAUCUGAAACAAAAUGGGCUUGUGUCUCCGUCAAGAAACCUAUGAAUAACUUUAUAUGUGGCAGUGACUUAAAAAAAAAAAGAAAAAAUGUAUUUUCCUCUUUUUCUUAGCUGAAAUACAUAAAGGUUAUGUUUUUACUUUUUUCAUUAUAAAAGCUGCUUGUAAGGUUAAAGGGAGCUCUUUGCUGUUAAAAGAAUAGCUAAAUUAACUUUUUUUUAAUACAUUGGUUUAAUAUAUAUAUGUGUGUUUUUCUGUUUGAGCAUAGUUGUGGCAGCCUUAAAAAUUAAAUAAAUAUUAGCUUGCAUAUUAAGUAGCUCUAAAUGGUGUUGUUUGCUACUAUUUGGCACAUUAUCUACAAACUCUCUGUAGUAGUUAUGAUAUUUUGAAAAUUAUAGGAAUGAAUUGCAUUUAUUGUUUUAAUUUUUGACAAAAUCGCAGUUUAUCCUAUAUUAUCAACAGAUGUAAUGCAAUGUAAUUAGCAAUGUAAUCAGUGACUGUGACAGUCCUAUGUCUGAGCAUGAGAACUUUUCUAUUCGCCCAGUAGACAGAAGACUUUGGUCUCCCCCAAUUUCUGAAAAAAAGAUGACUCCAAGGCCUAAAUGGUUUUUGGGCGCUAGAAGAUUAUAGCUGGUCUUUCCACAAGGAUCUAGCUGGCUGGCUUUUCUUUUUGGGAUCUUCCAGACGCCCCUCCAGUUUCCCCCAGGCUCUCCAGGACAGGACAGGGGGGCGUACAGUGGGGGGGCGAGUUGUGGACACCUCCGCGUCCCCAUGGCCUGCUGCCUCCACACCCGUCGCCAUAGCAGCUGGAGCCCAGAUGAUGAAGGCGACCACCAGCACAAUACCACAGGGAGUGAGGGCGGCAAUGCGGGGGAAGGCACCCCUCCGCCCAAGCGCAAGGGCAAGUUCUCUACCCUGGGCAAGAUUUUCAAACCCUGGAAAUGGAGGAAGAAGAAAAGCAGUGAGAAGUUUAAGGAAACUUCAGAAGUUCUGGAAAGAAAGAUGUCGAUGAGAAGGCCAAGGCAGGAGCUGAUAGAGCAAGGCGUACUGAAAGAGCUUCCCGAGAAUGCUGAGAAAAGUGGAGCAAAUUGUGCCCUGCAGCAAAAAGCUUUGAAAGUCAUACACUGGAUGCUGUGGAGGCCCAUUUAUCUGAGAGAGGUAGACGAGGCUCAUGGCCCUAAGCAGCCCUAUGUGAAGAAUGGCCACACGCUUCCUGUAGGGGUCAGCGGUGGAGGUGGGAAUCGAGGUCUGGAGCCCAUCCGGUCCAAUGUCGAGUCGGAGCUCAGAUUGAACCAGCCCUGGCUGUCCCAGCCUGAGGACAGAAGGAUUCGCGCACCCUCUGACGGAGAGCGUCGUGGAGCAAUGGGCGUCCGAGCCACCGGCCAGGACGAAGGGAGGAGAGGAGGUCGUAGCAGUGCGGACGAGUGGAAACCCAACCUCAGCUGGCAGGUGGAGGAACCUCGGCGCGGAGGCAGAGGAGAUGAGCGAAGGCCCGGCCUGACCAAAGCCCCGUCUGAGGACUGCCGUAGGACACGCCCUGAGCCAGAGUGGAAGCCCACACUCCCCCGCCACUCUUCCACUGAGGAGGGUAGAGGAAGACGAGAGUCAGACAGCGGUCACUACGUUCCAGACCCAGAGGCUAUGCGGGACACCCUGCGGGAGCCGCUGCCCCCCAAGCAGUCUAUUUUGCCGCCACCAAAGUGGCUUAUGAGCUCCACCCCUGAGCCUGGCAUGGAGGGUUCCCCCCGAACACCUGUCCACAGCCCCGCCACCUCCUUCUCUUCCUCUUCCGCUUCCUCCAGCUCACCUCCGUCCUCGGCCGCCAGCGCAGCCGGAAAGCCCCUCCGGACUGUUCAGUCUGCUGGGUCCAACACGCAGGCCUCCAGCGGAGCGCCCCUCACUCCUUCUAUACAGUCGUCCUCCGCGGGCUCAGCCCCAAACCAGCCAGUCAAGCAGCCUCCAUUGCCCCCACCAAAGCCAGUCAACCGCACCACCAACCCUGCCAUGCUGGCCUCCACCCUGCACGGGGGUGACCCCUUUCCCCUCUACUGGUCCUGUUGGAAGCGCGAGGGAGACUAUGAUGUGUACCUGUCCCUGCCUGUGUACCUGUGCCGGCGGGCAGGAGGCGUGCGCGCAGCUGAACUUAACCAGGUGACAGGAGGUGCCCACCUAGGACCAGCCAAGCCUUCCCCACCCAUGCCUCCAAAGAGAACCACCCCCGUCACCAAGCGCAACACUGAGGACUGCUCACUUCCCAUUUCGCUGACCUCCAUGCUGUCUCCCGAAGACAGAGCCAACAUCCCAGGGGGAUUCCCACUACACCUACCCCCACCUUCACCACCUCUACCCACUCAUAUCCCACCUUCCCCACCCCGAGGCCACACCCACCACCUCCUGCAUCAACAUUCCUACCCACAUCCUCUUCCUCAACCGCUACCUGUACAUUUUGAUCCCCCGAGUCCUCUGGAGGAAGCACCUGCCCGUCAAGCCCCAGUUCCCCUGCACAUCAUGAUCCAGCGUGCACUAACCAGCCCUGGACCGGCACUCCCUCAUCCGGAUGGCUCCCAGCGUGCUCAUUCGCUGCUGUUUGAGACCCCUCCCGAAUACCAAGGAGCCCGUCCGCUUCCUGUCACUAUUCAGCCACUCAAAAUUAGUGAAGAUGACUAUUCUGAUGAGGAAGAAGAAGAGGAGGAGGAGGAAGAGGAAGAUGAUGAGGAAGAAGAGGAGGAUGAGGAAGAUGUGGAUGAGGAUGAAGAUAUGCCUCUUCCUGAACACCUGCCUCUCCCUCAGUCUCAGCCGGAGCUGGAGCCGCGUAGCCGCAGGUGCCUGGUGGGAGACCUGAACGUCAGUAUGAUCCCGGAGGGGCCGGACAGCAGUGAGGGAGAGGAGGGAGAUGAAGACCAGCAUGCUGAGGAAAGCGACUCAGACGGGCCGGUGCUCUACAAGGACGACGAAUCUGAUGAAGAUGAAGAGGACGACAGUCCACCCAGUGCUCUGGCCAGCAGGGUGAAGAGGAAGGACACUUUGGCUCUGAAGUUGAGCAGUCGGCCCUCGGCCCCAGACAGGCAGGCUCCUGAGAGGACGGGCAGAGUGGAGCACAUGGGCCUCUCCUGGCAGAGCAAGGAGCAGUGGGAGGCCAUCCGCACACAGAUUGGCACAGCACUUACACGACGACUGAGCCAGAGGCCCACUGCUGAGGAGCUGGAGCAGAGAAACAUUCUACAACCCAAGAAUGAAGCAGAUCGGCAGGCAGAGGUUCGGGAGAUCAAGCGCAGGCUCACCAGAAAGUUAAGUCAAAGGCCCACAGUUGCCGAGCUGCAGGCCAGAAAGAUCCUGCGCUUCCAUGAGUAUGUGGAGGUCACACACGCUCAAGACUAUGACCGCCGUGCUGACAAACCAUGGACCAAACUCACACCCGCAGACAAGGCUGCAAUCCGGAAGGAACUCAAUGAGUUCAAGAGCUCUGAGAUGGAAGUCCAUGAAGAGAGUAGAAUUUAUACAAGAUUCCAUCGUCCUUAACAUUCUCCAUUGUCUGGAAAGUGAAGCACUUCAGUGCGCGCUGCAGGGAGAGAAACUGUUGUGUAUUCAGUGAGGAGCCUCUGGGUGUUGGUGCUCCCUGACAGACUGCCUUUCAGUGAAUGUACUGUACAGAUACCUGGAACAAAUCGAGAACUUCUUCUCCUCAGUCCUCGGCCCUUGUGUAAAUAGGGUGAAGGUGUGGGCUGAGCACUGGAGGACAAAUGCAGUAUUUCUCCCAGAAACUAAAGGGAGACAGAUAUGUGCCAAGUCCGAGAGCCGAUGAAGGACUCUCUGAGGGGUCUACAGAGUGUGUGCCAUCAGGAGACAUCAUUCAGGGGACUCGCUCCUCAGUAACCGAUCCCCUCUGCUGACAUCACUCUGCCCUCGGAGGAGAAGGGAUGGUCUAGAGUGGCCUUUUUUUUUUUGCUCAUGCUUGGUAUUACACACUCUAUUUCCUUUUAGGGAAAUGUAACAACCUUAACAAAUAAUAGUGAUAAGAAUGCUGGUGACAAUAAUAAAUACAGUAAUAAUAAAUGUUUGUUACUGAGGGUGGCCGAGCAGACGUGUGCACAGAUGGACCCUGCAUGGGUGACCAUGAGGAUAUUUGUGUAUUUGUGUAUGUGUGUAUAGAUUGCUGUAAUUUUCUCUUAAAUUCAUUCAUUGGAAAGUAAUAAUUAGAAACUGUAAUGCACAAGAUUUUAUGAUGUAAUGUUGAAUUUGUGUGAAGUGGCCACCUUUUCAUGCCUCUCUUACCGAGACUUGAGACUUGCGCUUCUUUUGGAGCUCACUGUUACAGAAGGGGAAGGGGAAGAAGAUGGACUUCUCUUUCCUCAGUAGUUUGUUUUUGUUUUAAUUUGUUUUUAUUUUAUUUUUUCCAGCACAUGAGUUUUAGAUUUUAAACAUUUCACUUCAUGAUUUUAAUUUAAACAUUACCACAAUACAUAAUAUUUUAAACUCUUUUAAUACAUGAGUUAAAUCAUUUCAUUUGAAGAACAGCAUCUAGAUUGUGUUUUUAAAAGAUAUGACUGCAUACUAAAUAAGAAUAAAUUAUACUUUUUUUUUUUUCUUUUUUUAAGAAAGUUGUUGCGAAAGCAAGUAUUGAUAACUCACUAUGAAUAUUUUUUUUUUAUAGCGUAAUGGUUGACAGGGAAAUCAUUUCGGCAGGAACACUAUUCUUUGUUUUCUCCUUUUCUUCUUUCUUUUUUUUAACGUCUAUGGCCAGUAGAACACUAGAACCUAUUCUGCUGUACAGAACUACUCUCUAGAUUAAACUGACUGUUGUGUAUAUCUUGUCUUCCUAUUAUUUUGGAACAUUUAAAAUAUCCUGAAGGUUAAAUAGGUUGGUAUUUUUUUAAGCACAACUUCACAACUCAUUCACAUACUAUUCAACACUACCAGAACGGGUUCACCAUAAUGUACCUGUUCCAUGUUACUGGUGCAUUGCAGCUCAUUUUAUGUUACAGUUUUUGAUUAUUUGUGAACUUUUAGAAACUGACUAUUUUUCUGUUUAGUUGUCAUCUAUAAAUCUAAAUUAAAAUGCUUAUGAAGAGUUUA